GAAAAGGUUGUUCCUUUGCGAGAUGAAGAGUUUAGAAAAGCCAGAUAAGAAAGAAUCUAAUGCAGUGGUAUCAAUGGAAGAAGAUGAUAAAGUGAGGAAGAUUGAAGUGUCUGGUGGAAAUAUAUCACUUGUUGUUGACUUUAGCGGCCCCUCUUUAACCGGGACUACUAGUUCCCACAAUGCCUUUGAAUGUAAAUCUAAUGGGAGUUUCCAAACUCAGGAGGAGUGUCUGGUUGGGAAUCUUGUAUGGACCAUGACUAAAUCCAAGAAAUGGUGGCCAGGGGAAGUUGUUAGUUACAAAGCUGAUGCAAAGGAGAGUUUCAUGGUUAGGGGUCUUGGUGAGGGGCAGCAGCUUGUUUCUUGGUGCGCACCUUCUAAGUUGAGGCCUUUCAAGGAGAGCUUUGAGAGAUUGGUGAGUAGUCAAAGAAACGAUGUGGGGUUUUUCGUUGCCGUGGGGGAAGCUAUGACCUUGUUGAGGAACUCGCUGAAGCUUGAGAUGACUUGUUCUUGCAUGGCUGAAAGGAAUGGGAGAAAGCCAGGAAAUACUCGCAAGACAAAGCCUUUGAUUCUGCGUGAGUUCUCUGUAGAUCGUUUGGAGCCAAAGGAGUUUGUCACUCAGCUGAAGAAUCUGGCCAAAUGUGUUUCUUCUAGUGGUGGUGGGAUACUUGAGGUGACAGUCAUGCAGAGUAGGUUAUCAGCGUUUUAUUCUUACUCUGGGCAUAAGCAGAUACCUAUGGAUCAACUGAACCAAAACGAGGUGAGGAAAAGUUUCAAUGGUUCUAAGAUGGAAGAGAGUGAGUUCGUUGGUUCUCCAUCCAUUGUAGCAGCUAGUAUCAAGAGGAAGUUUCGGAAAGAAUGGUUUAGGAAAUUUGUCAACGUGUCUGCCAGAGACGAUUUAGUUGACACGUCUCCUUCUGAUUUGGUAUCUAAACUCAAGCUGCUUGCUGUGGACUCCACGUGUUCUGAAAAUGUCGGCCUCUUUGAGUGGUUCUUCUCCAAGUUCAGAAUGUCUGUGUUUCAUGAUGAAAACGCUUACAGAAUGCAGUUGGCAAACAUGGCUGGUUCGAACGAUUUGAUGGUAGCUAAAGUUGGAAAUCAGGGUAGUGAGAAGAGAACCUCCAAGUCAAGAAAUGUAGGCAAGUCAAAGAUUGAGCCUUUCUGUGGUGUUUCAGUUCCUAAUACUGAUCAGGAGACCUUUGAGUCGCAGAAGAACUCAGAGAAGUCAAACAUCGAGGUUAGUGGUGGUGUUUCAGUUCCUAAUACUACUGAUCAGAAGAGCUUUGAGUCGCAGAAGAACCUAGAGAAGUCAAAGAUCGAGCUUGUUGGUGGUGUUGAUCAGAAGGCCUGCGUGUCAAAUAUCACAGCUGAAAAAUAUCGAACAUAUCAGAGGGCCUCGAAGCUGAAAAAGAUCAAAGAUACCACUGGUAGCUCAGAUUUUUCUAGCUCUGUUGCAAAUGAGCCGUCUGCGAAAGAUGUCCAAGAAAAACUAUCGUUACUAUCUCUGAACGAGACAGCUUGUGUGGCAGAUACGCACAGCAAGCCUGCUGUUACACUUGUACCUGACUUAAACAGUGGAGGCAGUUCUUUAGCUGACCAUUUACAAAAACCGCAGACUUUUGUUCCUCCCAAUGCCCUCCCACAAAAGGAGAGACCAUUUUCUAUGAUGUUAAACUUUCAAGCGGCAGCAGCAGCUCCGUGUUCAAACUACGGAACGGGUUUUGUUUCCAGCCUGACAGAUUUGGAAAGAAAGUUCACGAGCGCAGACCUUUGCGCUAAAGUCACUGUUCCAGAGAAGAAGAAGAGAGGAAGGAAGAGGAAGAAUCCAGAAGAGGUUCCAAAAGUUGCACAUACCACUAAUGGUAUACCUGACUUGAACGGAACAACUAAAGAGCCAGCUUCGGUUCAGCCUCAAGGUGAGACUACUCAACGCAGGAGACGUAGGAAGAAAGAGGAGAUGCCUAACAGAGCAACAACCAGAGGAAUCACAAUUCUUGUCUUGAAAUUUUCCUCAAAAGAGUCGAUGCCUUCAAAGGAAGACCUUACCUCUACAUUCUCCGCGUUUGGCCCUUUGGAUGCUUCAGAAACACAUCUCUAUGAAGAUCUUAGCGGUGCGGAGGUUGCCUUUGUGAGUAGCGGCGACGCUGUGGAAGCAGUUAAAAGCUUAGACAAAGCUAACCCAUUUGGUGACAACUUAGUGAGUUUCAGGUUACAGCAGAAACUGAUAAACGUAUACAGGAACAUAGCUCCAAGGAUGCCUGUAAUCUCCCACGUGAGUCCAUUACAGAAACCGAAGAAUGCACCAAUUAGUGUGGAAUCCAUGAAGCAGAAUCUGUUGAUGAUGACUGCAAUGCUGGAUAAAUCCGGGGAUCAUUUAUCAAGAGAGACCAAGUCAAAACUGAAAAGCGACAUCACGGCUCUUCUACAAAAGAUUAGUUCCAUGCCUAGCUCUUCUUCUUCUUCAUGA